AUUUUAUAGAAAUGCACCUGUAUGCAAGCUUACUUUGCGCUAGUGCAUGCAAAGAAAAUGUUGCCCGUCAGGAGUAUUGUCAUCGUUUGUGCCAUAUUCGUGUCCUGCGUCAGCGGCAGGCCAGCCGACGGCGAUGCUCAAGCUCAAAUAGUCAAAUUCAAUAAUGAUUUGAGGCUGGACGGUUACAAUUUUGAUUUUGAAACGAGCAACGGCAUCCGAAGAACUGAAGCAGGAGUUUUGAAACCUGGUCCGGACAAAGAAAACGAUCAAUUGCUCAACGUUGACGGAGAUUUUUCGUUCACACUGCAAGAUGGAACACCGAUGAGCGUCAAGUUUGUGGCGAGUGAAAACGGUUACAGACCACAAGUGGUCAUUGGUCAACCGCGAUCCGGACGGCGAUAAGCACACGGACUGUUUAAAUUCGAGGAAGAUUUGAUUGGAAAUUGUUCGAAACCAUGAAGUAUUUUAUGGUGCAUUCUUCCAUUUACCAAUACGCUCUUUAAUUAAUUAUUUUUUCAGGAAAUUGUUGUACAUAACUUUAUUGUCGACGCUUUGAAUAAAAGAUUAACAAAUCA